AUGAACAUAAAAGUUUCUGAUAAUAAUUUAAUUGAAAUUAAAAGUAAUGAAAAUAAUUUUAUGUUGAUAAUAUCCUUUGUGAUAAUCUAGGGAUUAAGUUUGAUAAUUUUUCAAAAAUUGGAAUUUAUCUAGUAAGUAAACCAUCCAAUAUUCCCUUAGAAUUACACUGCAAUAUAGUAGAAAAAUCCAUAUCCAAUCACAAAGAAAACGUUAAUUUUCACUAUGAAGAAGAUCUUUUAUUUAUUUUUAACAACCCUCAAUUCACUAUUGAACGUAAACCGUUAAUCGUUGAAUGUUAAAUAUUGAAUAACAAAUAUCAGUUAAUGAAAAUUUAUUGAAAAAAAUAUAUUUUUCUACAAUAAAUGAGAACACUUGAACAAAUUCAAAACAAUCUUAAGAGAAAAAUUAAAAGUGGAUUAAACUUAAAAAAAUCUAAUAAAAUACAAAAAAAAGUACAUUUUGAAGAGAAAAAGAACCAACAGAAGCAGAGAUUAAUGAAAAAAUUAAUCUUGAAAAAAAAUUGUGAAAAAUAUAUAGAAAUGAAGCAGAGAAAAGACUAAAUGAUGAAAUAGAAAAACAAAAAGCUUUUGAACCUAUUACCAACGGAUUAAAGAAUGUUGAAGAAGCUGUCAGAAAAACCGAUGAUGAUAUUAAAAUAUUUUUAGUUCUUGUGAAACCGUUAACACAAACAUCAGAUUUUAUUACUAAACAGCAAAACAUGAUACGAAAUAGAGACUUAGAAACAGAAAUUAAAAAUUCAAUUAUUAACAACAAAAUAGGAGUUAUUGCAGCUCAUUAUUUACCCAAAUUAUCAGAUGAUAAAUUUAGGAUUUUUCAUAAUCAUGAAACAAAUAUGCAUAUGGUAGGUAAAAAUGAGAUUCAUAUUAAAGAUAACGAUAUUAUUUUAAACAAACAAACUUAUAAAAGAACACAAGGAUUAUGGAGAUUAUUUAUAUAUAAUAAAAAUAUAGAUAAAACAUCAUAUUCUGAUGAUGAUAUUAAGAAUUAUGAAAUAUAUUAAUAGAAACAGACUCAUUAUAUCAUAAUAAUAAUAAAAAUACAAAAAAAGUAAAAUCAAGUAAAGGCGAUAAAUACAUGAAUCUGAUUCGUCCUAUUUGGAAUAAAAUUAGUGAAAAUAAGAAAUUACAAACUUUGCAUGAAGGAUCUGGUUUAAUAAAUUAUGUAGAAAACCCAAUUCAAUAUAAAUACAUUGAUAAUUUAAACGAAUUGUUAAAAAGAUUAUAUUUUAUUGCUGCAGAAGAAGAAGCUGUUAAUAAUAAUUUCCAUAAUGAAAAAUUAAGUAUUAUAGAUUUUGUAACUAAAGAAAUGGAGAAAUUAAUUGAUACAUCAAAAGCUAUUGAAAACUUAAAUUCUUUUGUCUCAAGUUUACCAAGAAAGGUAAUUAAAGGAUCUGGACUUGUUAAUGAUUUUUUAAACAAUAAAGUUAUGCCUGAAAUUCACUGGCUUAGUUAUAAUUAUUUCGCACCAUUUACAAAAUCUAAUAAACCAAUAAACAAAUUAGAUGAAGCUGCGAUGGAACAUGAUUUUUACUAUGAAAAACAUAAAGAUAUCAAAUCUAGACAUAAAGCCGAUUUAAUUUUAGAAAAUAUUGCAAAAGAUAUAUACAAAAAUCCUGAAACAUCUUUAGGUGAAAAAACAACAGCUUUUGCAACUAGUAAUAUAAUGAAAGUAAAAAGAAAAUUAGGAAUGGGUCUUAUUUAA